AUGGAGGAAAUUCUUAAUAUUACGAUACACCACAGUGGUCAAUUUGUUAGUGAGGACUUGAGUGUGUAUGAAGGAGGUGAGAUUGCUGAUUUGAGAGUAGAUGCUGAUAUGUGGGGUUAUUUUGAGUUAUUGGGUGCUAUUAAGGAACUAGGUUACCCAGCCAUAGAGAAGAUAUACUAUAAGGAUCCAACUGCUGGAGUGAAUCUGUUGUUUGAUGACAAAGGGGCCUUAGAGAUUGCUGAUCUAUAUAGGGUUCAUUUACGUGUUGAAGUCUUUAUUCAACACCCAUUGUCACAGCCUGAGUAUGUUGAUGAGAGUGAAGUUAUUUUAGAUGAGAUACCCCUGAAUGUAAUGGAAGAUGAUGCAGUUAGACAAAAUGAGGUAAGUGAGGAUGCUGUUGGACAGAAGGAGGCAAGUGAAGAUGUUGUUAUACAGAAGGAGGCAAUUGAAGAUGUUGUUGGACAGAAGGAGGCAAGUGAAGAUGUUGUUAUACAGAAUGAGGCAAGUGAAGAUGAUGUUGGACAGAAGGAGGCAAGUGAAAAUGCUGUUGGACAGAACGAUGAUGAUAGUUCUGAUGAUGAUAGCUCUGAUGAUAGUAGCUUUUCGUAUGAUAGUGCAAAGGAGGUUGUAUUUGAUGAUGAAACUGAUGACUGUGAUACUGACUUGGAAGAGGAAGAAGGGAUUAUUGCCUGCAAUGGAGGAACUGCUGCCUACAGUUGA